UUUUGUUUACGUUCGCGUGCGCUUUGUGAAUUUUUGGGGCCGAAAGGUGCCGAAAAGAGUUAAGAUAGAAGUUUCCACAAUUUCCUUCGCUAAAGUGUUUGAUACGGUAUAUUACAGGCGACAAGAGGUAGCACCCGAAUAACGGGGAACAUCAGACGAACCGUUCUGUUCUGGCCACAAGUAAUCAGCUCCAACCGGCAAAAGCAGCUGGCUCAUCAGAGAUACCUCAUCAAAACCAACGAAAAGUUGGAGCCGGAAGGAGUGUAUAGUAGUACAAGUGUGUUUUACUGACGAUGAGGCUGAUGCUGCAUUGAAAGAACUAUUGGCAUAACGUUCAACAUCGAGUGCUGCAAUGUCGCUGCUCGGCGGGUCACCGGCAACGGAAGGAGACCGAAAGGAAGAACACUCGGAGGAUCAUCUGUUAACAUACGAUCCUGAAAAUGAAGAACAAGUUUCAACCUUUAAAAUUGAAUCAUCGGAAGCUCCACUAUCAUAUUCUGUACAGUCAGGACUGCAGGACAGUGAUCGAUCAAUGCUGGUAACUAUCAAAACGUUGGUUGAAACGUUAUUGAACAAAAAAGACACGAUAGAGAAACGAAAUGAUCAAAUAGAGAGACAAAAUGCUGAAAUUGUUGAACAAAAUGCUCUAAUUGAGCUAGAAAAUGCGGGCCUUGUCAAAAAAAUUGACGCCAUGGAUAGAAUAUUCUCCGGCAUUAAUGUUCAACAAUUUAAUGCCGCUAAGGAUUAUGUUGCAACACCUUCGUUUACCUUUGAACCUAUGAACACUAUUGAGCAAUUGAUCGAACUGGAAAACAAAUUGAACGAUGAGUCGUACCGUGCCGAACUGGUUGCGUGGUUGGUAUUUAACGUUGUUGGCAAAAAUUCGCAGAAGAGAAUGUCGAGCUGCCUGGAUAUGCUAUUUUCGCGAGAACUGCUCAUCAACUGCAGUUGGACUGGCAUGAGUCGCGAUGAAACAAAAAAGGCAGCUUUGCGAAACCAACGAAAUAUAAUAAAUUUGUUUAAGGCAAUAGGAACAACGCUGCAACAAAAAGUUGAUGAUAGAAAAGUUACGAAAUUUUUUAUUCAAAAAUUAAAAGGUGCCAAAGAAAGGUUUCUGGUGUACAAAAAGAUCGAAAGGGUUAGCCAAGAAAUUAUGGACGACAUAACAAUCAAUGUUGCAGAUUCAUCGAAUAUUGUCGAGCAAAACGUUGCGGAUUCGUUAGAGGAUAGUGAUUCUGAAAUUUCGUUUAAAGUGGAAAUUUUGCAAUAUAUGUUUCUGGUAGUAGAAAUAGUCAAUGAUAAGGGCGAAAAGGAGUGGAAGGUAGCACCCAAACGAUGGGUGUGCACAACGAAGAAUACCCGGCGAACGGUUCUGUUGUGGCCACAUGAAAUGGGAGCUGAACGGCAAAUGCACCUGGUCAAAGAGGGAAUAUGCAAACCGAUGAAAAGUUGGAGUCGGCAGGAAUGUAUCGUGAGGCAAGAGUGUUCGACUUACGAUGGGGCAAAUGCUGCAUUGAAAGUUGCUGCACUGCUACGGCCACGUCCAAAAGCGAAAGUUACAAUUCCAAUGGUCAGCGCUGUUGCGAUGGUACAGAGCGGGCAGACUUUACAGCAAGAUAAUGAAGAUCCACUAAAUAUAGAUGAUCCCAAUGAGGUUCUAGCUGAACCAUCUGCCGAAACGCAGUUGCAUACGGAUCGGAACUUAUCAACGAUGGUCUCUAUCAAAUCGAUGGUGCAAUCCUUAAUGGCAAAACUUGAAAAGUUCGAGAAGCUAAACGCCCGUAUUGAGAAGCAAUAUGCUCACAUUGUGGAACAAAAUGUUAACAUUAUAGAGCGGAACAAAAGCAUCGAGAAAACGAAUGCAGCUCUUUUGACAAAGAUAGAUGUAAUGCAGAAAACAUUGCAUAAUCUUGAUUCUCAACAAUUGUCUACAACGGAUACAAGGGACUUACUGGAAACAUGCGUGUAUUCCUUUAAGCCUAUGGAAACUAUUGAACAGGUAACGAGACUGGAGCAAAAGUUGAAUGAUGCGUCUUAUCGCCGGAAACUGCUUUCAUGGUUGACAAUAAAUGUUACGGGUAAGAAUGCGAAGAGAAGGAUGUCGACCAGUUUGGAUUUGCUGUUUAGCCGAGAGCUUGUUACAAAAUGCUCAUGGUCUGGGAUAGCCAGGGAUGGAACAGAAAAAGUAGCUAUGCGAAAUCAUCAAAACAUAGUUGAUCUGUUCAAGGCAGUUGGUACAACACCACGUGAAAGAAUUGAUGGAAAUAAUCUCAGUUGUUAUAUCAAAGCAAUACUUAAAAACGGCAAGCAACGGUUCCUGCAUCAUCAGGAACGUUCGGUAAGCGGCAAAGGAACUAAUCCGAUAUGUAAUAAUGAGCAACAAGUAGGACUCGAUGGUAUAGCGAUAACUUCUGCUGACUCAUCGAAUGCUAUUGAUCGCCAAUCGAUGGAAUCUUUCGAUGAUGAGUCACAAUUGUUUUGAAGUACAAGAUUUACACUGACACAUGCAUAACUGUUUGAUAUUGCUUUUGAUAUUUCUGCUACUGUAGAUCCUAUGCCGAAGAAUAUAUAGAUAUAGAUAACUUUAAAAAAUACUGCCAAUACCAAUGGGUUGCGGAGUAUACCCUUCGUUCCGUUCUUCCUUUUCUUCUUAGCUAGAGUAUUCGCAACAUCCGAACUACAACUGGUUUGGCGGUAGAGCAAGAACCGCAGUACUAAUGAGUUGAAAUAGCCGAAUAUGAAAUAUCCGAAAUAAAUAAUACAAUCGAGAAGCAAAGCAAUAUGUCCCUGUGAAUUCGUUGUUGAAUGUUUUCCAAAACGGCUCCCUUCUCAUGCAU